AUGGCCUCGCUCGUAGUCGACGACGCCACUCUGCUCCUCCUCGUGCUCAUCAUCAUCGUCUUCUCCCUCUCGCUCCACAUUGCCCAUCUCUACACGCCCUCCAUCCACCCGCUCAUCCUCGCUCGCCAGGCCGACGUCUCGCCCACGCACCGCACGCGCGAGUCGCCAGUCUACCGCAACGUCAAUGCACCGGCCGGCUUUGAGCUGGCGGCACGGCCCAGUCGGCACGUGAAUGAUGUGGCGCAGCUGCUGCACGCCGCGGCAGGCACGCAGCAGGCACAGACGGACAAGGCGACGGGGGCGCAGCGCAGUCUCUUCGGCACACCUGCCUCGCUCGACAGGGUGCAGGCCGAUGCAGUAGCUUUUGCAGCCGGCGUGCAACUCGCACUCGGCGAGGCGCAAGGCGCUGUAGCGCUCUGCGUGGCGCAUGAUAGCUACGAUGCCCUCGUCACCCUCCUCUCGCCUGCCUCUUCGCGCGGACACAAGCAGGGAGCGCUCGAGCUCUUCGUCGCAUCCUCCACUCUGCCCAUUCCAUCUGCGGGCGUCUCGAUCAAGACAGCCGUCACCGACCUCUCCUCGCUCGAUGCGGCACUUCAACUGCCUCUCGCAGCAGAUGCCAUCCUCAUCCUCCCCAGCGCGGCCGAUGCCGACGUCGCGCGCUCGCGCUGCGCGCUGCGCGCCCUCGUCUUUGCCGACAUUCUCUCGCAAGGGCGCGCGUCUUCCUCCUCUCCGUCCGAGCAGGAGACACAGGCGCACGAUGCAUCGACGACGUAUGCACACUUCGCAGCUGCGGGCGCAUGGGUGCCCGUGACGCACGCCCACCUCGUCGCAGGCACGACUGCCCAGCUGGCGUUUUACGCCGCCGAUGCGGUGCCUACCUCUUCCGACGUUCUGUUGCUCGAGCGCGCCUCGCUCCUCUCUGCAUGCGCCUCGCCAAGCGCUCUUGCACUGGCACUCGCGGCGCUCUAUAUGGGCGCAUCCAUCGUUUCGGCUCCGCUUGUCGAGGGAGGCAAGAUCAGCCCGGAAGCGCAGCGUGCAAACGCAUCGCUCCUCUAUCUCACUGCCUCGACUUCUUCUGCCUUCGCGGCAGCGCUCUCUUCCCUCGCUUCCUCUCCCCUCACGCCUCUCGCCAGACACCUCAAGCUGGCGGCACUGCGCGCAGGCGUCCUCUCUGCCGGCGCUCUGCCCGACUCGCUCGUCUUUGGCGCGACGCGGCGCCGCGCUGGCUUGAGCCAUGUGCGCGCUGCGACGCUUGUGGGAGAGGGCCAAGUGUCGCAGACUACGCUGGACGCGCUGCGCAUCUCCCUCGGCUGCGCCGUCAUGCACUCCUUGCUGCCCUCGCUCCCCGCCGGCGCACUCACUGCGCCCAUCGCCGCGUCCCACGCCCUCGACUUGCAGGCCUUCGCCGCGCCGCCGAUCAGCGGCAGAGCAACGCCCGCGCACGUGGGUCCGCCAGCUGUCAGUGUAGAGCUGAAGCUGGUGCAGAGUCGGACGGCAAGGCAAAAGGGCUAUGGCAAGCUGGAGGCCAAGGGAACGGAGGAAGACCCAGUGGGAGAAGGCGUGACCUGUGCGAAGCUCUCCUGCCUGCGCGGGACAUGCGGGAG